AUGGUCAACUUCGCCACUCUUUCCCUCCUUGCCCUCGGCCUCGUCAGCUCACAAGCCCUCGCCGCUCCCGCCACCGUGACUGCUACCAGGUCCAAAUCCGCAGUCGCAGAACGCUUGUCCUUCACUGAAUGGGUGGACACCAUCAUCGCCAACCCCGACACCGCCUUGUCCCCUCAGGAGGCAUGGCAAGCCUACCUUGAUUCGGUCAACAGCACCACAACCAAUGCCCCUUCUUUGGGAGCAGUUGAACCUGUGCACGAGAAGCGGAGGGAUUCCCAGGUAGACUGCACGAAUUGGGGCGGCAGUAACCAGGCAAAGGCCGUCGACGCUGUCGUUUGCAUCAACUACAUGGCCGCAGCCGGCCAAGUCCCCUGCAUAGCUCAUAAGAAAACUAGCACUAACGGGAGUGGCAUUUCAACCUUGGUUUAUUGCUUGUUUGGGUCUGCGAUGUUGGGGCCCUAUGGUUAUGGGUAUACGGAUCCGACAAAGUGGGGGACUUGCCAGAGCAUUGCCCAAACUGCGGGCGCCAUUAUGGACACUUGUACUCAACCGAACGGGAUGGUGACGGGUGCUAGGGGUUAUGACCUGACGGGUACUAAAGCCGGUGUAUCAAUCUCCCGCUACUCGGGAGAUCUUGCCUAA